AUGAAUAAAAUAGUUAAUAACAUUGUUUUUCUUUUUUUAAUUAUUACAUUAAAUAUGUUGGGUUCAAGAUCUGAUUCUCAAUUAAGAAGUCUUGAAAAUCCAGAUAAACAAACUAUGAGAGGGGAAUCCUCAAAAAGAAGUGAUAAAUUGCUUGAGAUUCCAAGGAAAAAACUCAAUAUGAGGUAAUACAUUUAUUAUUACGGUUAGAUUGUAUACUGAAUAAGAACAAAAGAUCUAAGAUUAUAUUAAUUCAAAGGCAGUAACCAUUAGCAUUAUAGCUUUGGUUGGAGUAUAUGCAAUCCUAAUUUUUGUUAUUGUAGCUUUAGAAGAAUUAAUGGAUGAAACAGAAUUUAACAAUGUCUCUGUAAUACUGAGUUGGAUUGAAUUAGGAAUACUAAUUGUUUUCAUUUUAGAAAUUGCAGUUGGCAUAUAUGCAUGGGGUUUGAUGGUAAAGAUAUAAAAUAAUUUAGAAAUACUACAAAGAUAAAUGGCUGAUAUUAGAUACUCUAAUUAUAUUGUUGUCUCUCUUUUUUGUAAUUUUUGAGUUAGCAGAUUAAAAAACAUCAAAUGUAGUUAAAGUCAUUUAAGCAGUUUUCAGAUUUUUAAGAAUAUUUCUUCUGAUAAGAAAAGCAUAAACUUUUAGAAGACUUACAACAAUAUCAACUAUUUCUACACCUGCUGAAAAAAUUGUUAGAUUUUUAUUAGAAUUAAAAGAAGUUAUAGAACUUGAAAGUAUGAAAUUGGAUAUUGAUUAUUGCAUAGAUAAAAUAGGUAGUAACUAAUUGUAUUAAAUGGGAAAGUUAGAUGAAGAUAAUGCUGAAGUAUAUUUUUAAUUAAUUAAUUGAAUAGGCUAUGGGUUGGCUGAAUUAAAGUUAAUAAGGAAGAACAGAUGUAAGAAAGAUUGUUAAUAAUGAUUAAUAGUAGUAAUAAAAAAAAGUACUAGCUAAUUUUUAAAAAUUGAAUAUUCCUAAAAGGGUAAACAAUUUAUAUAGAAAUAUAAGGUUCUAGAGAUUUUAGAUAAAUAACAUGAUGAUUUAUAUAUUGAUCCAUUUGAAUGCGAUAAAUUAAGUGCAGGAGAAGGAUUAGUUUAUUUGAUGUUAUUUCUCUUUGAAUAUUACAAUCUUUAUGAAGUUUUCUUAAUCAAACCUAAAAUUGUAAGAAGUUACUUUGAAGAAGUAACAAAAGGUUACAUAGAUAAUCCAUAUCAUAAUAGAGUACAUGCAUAAGAUGUGGCCUAAACUUGCAAUUUUUUAUUGAAUAGAUGCAAAUUUAUUGAGAUUGGCUAAUUAGAUGAAUAAGAUAUAGCUUGUGUUUUAAUUGCAGGAGCUAUUCAUGAUUAUGGACAUCCUGGUUUAACUAAUGCAUUCUUAAUUAAUAGUAAAAAUGAUUUAGCAUUAACUUACAAUGAUUAAAGUGUUUUAGAAAUGUUUCAUCCAUCUUAAUGUUUUAAAAUUGCAUGGAAAAACUAAAAGGCAAAUAUUUUUGAAAAUCUACCAUUCUAAAAAUAUAGAAGAAUUAGAGAAUCAAUAAUCUCUAUGGUUUUAUCUACAGAUAUGGCUCAUCAUGCUUCUGAAUUAGCUAUUACUAAUAGUAGAGUAACAUCACGUAUAUAAAUAAAACUUUUAUAUAGCUGAUUUUGAACCUUAUGGAAAAGAUAAAUAAAGAUUAAUGGAUUUGGUUGUUCAUUCUUCUGAUGUCUCAAAUCCAACUAAAAAUUUUUAAAUCUACAAGGAAUGGACUGAAAGAGUUCUUACAGAGUUUUGGUCACAAGGAGAUAAAGAAAGGGAACUUGGUUUACCUAUUUCUUAUCUUUGUAAUAGAUAUACGACAAAUAUGGCAGAGGCUUAGUUGGGGUAUUUUAUUUAAUCAUUAUAGAUUUAUUGAUUAUGUAGUCAAACCAACAUUUUCUUGUGUUCAAGGCUUUCUCCCAGCCUUUGAACCAUAUUUUGAUAAUUUAGACAAAAAUAAGACUUAAUGGUAGGAACUUAUUGGUUACUAUAAACAAUAAUUAGCCUCAAUCUAGCCUUAAUGA